UGGCCGGAUGCCGCAGCUGUUUUCCGGCGUGCUCGCCGCUCCGUGCUCGGUAAAAUGGCAGAGGUCGGUCACCGGCUGGGGAGCGGAGGUUACCGGCUCUUCAGCCGGGGUCGACCGGUCUGCACCGGAGAAGGUCCCGGAUGUUUGCUGGUGAGCUGCAGCUUCAGCGACGGGCGCAGAAAAGACGAACCAACCCAGGACCGAGGUGAAGAUCAGCCGCUGACUGGAAGCAGAGCCACACGGCGCAAAUCAGCGAAACUUUGCAGAGUGAGUCAACAGCAACAUGGGACUUUGCGCUGUGACUCGUCUUUGGAGGUGGAUUCAUCUCGUUUUAUUGGAUUUGUCCAGACCAGAGAAAGUAUCCGAGCUCACAAAGCAGCCCUGUACCUGCUGCCUGGCAGGAUGACAUCCUGGACCAGAGAAGCUGUUUCCAUCCACCCUGACACCUUCAUGUCCCCUCAGCAGCUCCGAGCUCUCUGUACUGUCAUCUGCACUCUGGCAGAGCAGAGCUCAGAGAGGCCGGGCUGUGGGCUGAGACUGAGGCGUCUGAAACAGCAUCCUGAUACCCUGCAUGCAACCAGAAGAAACUACAGCUGGAGGAGUGACUCAAGAGAUGCUCCUCCGCUGUACAGAAGCAGAACGGCCUAUUACGACAUCCUCAAAGUCUCCCCAGGUGCCACACAGGCCCAGAUCAAGACGGCCUACUACAAGCAGUCCUUCAUCUACCACCCUGACAAGAAUCCGGGUAACAAGGAGGCCAGCCAGCGCUUCUCUGAGAUCAGCGAGUCCUACACGGUGCUGGGCAACAUCAGCCUGAGGAGGAAGUACGACCGUGGUAUUCUGAGCCAGUCAGACGUUCAAAAUGCAGGAAGACCAUCCUCCAAAGAGACCUCAAGCAGAUCCACAGGAUCCCCACAUCAGCAGCAGCAGCACAGAGCCAGAGGGUUCUCCCAAGCUGGAGGAAAGACUAAGUUUGAUUUUGACGCCUUUUAUCAGGCUCACUAUGGGGAGCAGCUGCAGAGGGAGAAGGACCUGAGAGCCAGGAAGCGCAUGCAGGAGAUGCAGAAGGAGAAUCUUAGCAAGUACAGGCAGAAAAAAAUGAUGGAGGUGACUGCGGUGAUGCUGCUGGUCAUGGCAGGCCUGAUUGUUGUCAGUCUCAGCAAGCCCUGAAAAAACAAGAAGCAGCAACUGGACCCCUGUGGGGUCGAAUAUUAUGACUCAGGGUGCGAGAGUGUGCUACCUCAGAAUGUUCUGCAAGUGUUGCACAGUUAAUUACAGUUGAAGAUGAUUAUAAUAAUAAUAAUAAUAAUAAUAAUAAUAAUAAUCAUAGGUGCUGCAGGAAUUAACAAAAGUCAGUUCACUGUGUCUAAUUUGUUCGACGGGCACACAAGCUGAUGGUGUGAAGAGAACGACAACAAAACCAGUAACUUCAGUUAGAAACUGGAAAUCUGCAGACGUGAAGGAUGUGGGAUUAUUUAUUCCUGCAACAACUUGGUUGAUAAGAUUUAAUAUUUCACAAUAUUGGCUUUAUUUAUUUUAUAAAUUGGUCAUACCAUCACAAUUUUGUUGAAGUUCACAGUUUCUUGCGCGGACGUUGCAAACCUUUGCAGGAGCACACCAGGUAGAAUACAUCAAUAGUGCGUCAAUGCUUUCUGAUGCAGCAUAUCAUAAAACAUAAAACAUUACAGAUGUGAAGUAAUUAUAAAUUCAAGUGUCUUAAGGAUGAUCCUGACUAGUUAUAAACUAGAGGUUGACUAAUGGGGCUUAUAACACAUUAUAACUAUACUCACCUGCACACGCACCUCAACAAUCAACAACUGCCUGAUGUGACGCCAAUAAUGACACAUUAAAAUAAGAAUGCAUCGUAUAGAUGCAACAGUACGUACCUCACUUUACGUAACUCAUACAUGUGACACUGUAUGGACUGUUACAUGCUACAGUUCACUGUUGAUUGUGUGUGUAGGCAAGUAUAGGUAGUUAAUUUGUGCAUUACAACAUGCAGACAAAAUGUUAAGUCACAUGUAUUUAGGAACUGAAUAAUAUAGUACUUUACUUUUUACGCUUGGUUCUACUUUAUGACUUCUCUGCAAUUGGACCCUUUGGUUGGCUUGUUCUUGCCCCUGGGCCAUAUGUUUGACACCCCUGCUCUAGUUUAUAAGUAGUCAAGAACGUCCGCCAGGUAGUUCAUUAUUCAUUAUAAGUCAUAUAGUUUUAUGAUAUAGUGCAGUCAUAAAGGUUAUGAAUGGAUUAUAAUUCACUUUGAAUGCCCCAAUAAGACACUAUGGGUGUAGUCUUCAUAGAAAGUGUUAACGAUUAGUCUUUGUACCUUCAGCAAUUGUUCAAACAGUUUAAUGUACUUACUUUCUAGUGAUGAGUGUGAAGCCAAACAAGGACGGAGAAAUUAAACUUAUCUUGCUGAUCAUCGCACAAUUCCUCUUCCUCUCCCUACGCACUGGAUCUGUAAUUGUUAUUAGGAAAUUAAUACACAUUGUGACGCCUUGUUCCAGGUGCUUGUAUCUAUAUGUACUGUACAAAGUACCAGUGCCACAUUAUGUUAAAUUGUUUAUUUUGUGUGAGGGAAGCACAUGAAGAAAAUCUAAUAAAACAGUUUCUGCUGCAGUGUUUCUGACCUCUAGAGGGCAUCUGGAUACGUCAAAGUGAUCACUGGAGAUCUGACAAGCCUCAGUGAGUUUAAACUCUAUGUGUGAUGACAGUAAUGUGUGUUAUGGAGGCCUCAGCCUGCUGAGAGCUGCUGCUAUUGACAGUAUGAUGGUAUGUUCAUUUUAUUAAAUUUCCCUGAAGACGCUUGCAUAUUAGAAACAUCAAGCCUGGUAAAUGUCUAUAGGUUAGUGGUCAAACGCUUUAAAUACACUGAAUGUAAUGUCUCGAGAGUCUUUACAAAGGGGCCUAAAUAUGAUAUGUAGGCAGACUCUUAUUUUAUUUUAGAAACUGAAACAAAAGAAAACCACAUUCACCCUUUUGUUGUUAAUAUAGACGACCGAAUAAAGGUGAUAAAACUAUCUUUACAGAGUAACGUCACUUUAAAUACUUCAUCAGAUUAUGUUUCAUAUCACUAAAGCUCUUGACUUUUCUGAGCCUUUAAUCUGUUGUGACAUUUACGGAUGAAUAACUGCAGGAAAGGUGCAAUAGUUUGUUCACAUUUUAUUCACAGAAAUAUAAAGUAGUAUGUCAAGUACAUCACUUUGUACAAAAUUGCACAGACUCUUCAAAACUCAGUCAGACAACAGAAUUUUUUUUUUUUUUAGCUUUUAAGAAGUGUUAAGAAAAUAAAAGGGAGACAUGAGCAAUUUGUGAUAUGUGAGAUGGGCUCUUGCAACAGACAGGUUCCACUGAGGAGGUUUCAUCAAGAAGAAUCAAUCAAUUGUACAUAAAUAAGACUCAAUAGGAAAAAUGUAAUUUACAACAGCUGAGGAAUAAAUAUGUUUCAAAAAUAGGAUUCAAAUUGGCACAUGAACUGCUUCGUCCGCUCCUCAACUGAAACGUGAAAUUCCACCUCCGGAGCUAAAUGACCAUCCUUGAAAGAGACAGACACUGACUAUUGAUAUGUUUAGUCUAACUGAACAAAAGUGUUGCAUAUGUUUGAAAUACAGGAGCUGAAGUGUGUCUACCAUACAAUGCAAGAGAAUUUAAAUAAGUAUGCUUAUAGCUGUUUUUGCAGAGAGGUGAGUGAGAAGAUUGACACCACUUUAAUGUAUGUACAGUUAACUUGGCUUAGCACAAGGACAGGAAACUUAGAAAACAGCUGGCCUGGCUGUGUCCAAAAGUAACAAAAUCAACCAGCUAACAUCUCUAAAGCUGUUUGUGUGUAAGACAAAUCGCUGCUUUUCAUGGAGUUGUGUGCCAAACUGUUUCUUGGUCUCACUCGAGUCGGGAUCAGUAACUUCUGCUAGUUGCCUGGCAACUGCACCCAGUCAAGAAAUAGUCCUGUACUAUAAACUGCAGUUUGUUUGUUGUUUUAGCAUUUUACGGAUUAAACAAACGAGAUACGUCUUAAUUAAUGAGGUUAAAAAUUGCCAGUAAGCAGAUUUUUUUGUUCCCUUUGGACAAAAGCAGCCUGACUGUUUCCCCCUGUUCUCAUCUACUGUGUGGGAGAGUUCAAGAGAAGACAAAGAUUGAUUUGUCUGGUAAACUGCACCACCUCCAUUAAAGAGCAGUGCAAAGUCGCUUCCCUGAGCUUUUCUAGGAGACCUACAGGCGCUAGCGUUUACCCCCUUUUUCUUGUCUUUAUGCUAAGAUAAGCUAAUGAUUUGCAAGCUGAAUAGUUUAAUAUUCUUUAGACUUGUAUGCAAAUCUUUGGGAGGGCUCCUUUAGAGACAUAUUAUACUUAAAAGUCGAGGACUAUCGUGUAAACUUUUAGAGUAACAUGACUAUUUUGUGGUGCCAAAUUUUGCCGCACUUUUGGAUUAUUAACAUAAAAAGCUUAAGCUCAGUACUCUGCAUAAAAUAAAGCAGCAAUGUCACAUCUUUCUAAUCAAGCAUGGCCAUCUAGUACCUUUUACUUUACUGCCUGUACCGUUCCAGUCCAGUCACCAGGCAGCGCAAACAGCAAACAACACUGCCACCUUUCUAAAAACCAAGUCCCCAGUCCCUCCGAUAAAUGCUGGAUUUGGUAUAAUAAUAAUCUUAAAGGCAUUACUUCAAAGUGAACUCCUAUAUUAACAGCAUAUCUAAUCUACAGGUUACUGAUAUGAUAAGCUUGAAUACAGAACCAGCACCAGACGGAGGGACCUCGAAAACCAUGUUUUAGAAACACUACUGUAGCACA